AAAAAAAAAAGGAGCAGUCGGGGCCGGGCGCGAUCGGGCAGUAGCGGAGCCGGGCGCGGGGGGGCUCCGGCUGCCCCGGCCCCAUCCGGCCCGAGCGCGGGCGAUUUUUGGGGCCAAAGGAGCUUUUUCCACCCGGUUUUGGUGGCGCCGCCGCGGCGUUGUUCCUCUGCAGGUUUUUCGGGGGUGGGGGGGUUUGGAGAGCGGCCGGCGGGAUCCCCGCCAACUCCCGCUCCCCCAAAAUGCCACUGCUGAGAUUGUGACACCCCCCCCCAUCCCCCCUCCUUGCUGCAAAAUCGCGGGGUGCUUCUGCCCCCCCCUCCUCCCCUCCCCUCGGCCUGGGCUUCUCGGAAAGGACUUUGCAAUGCUGCGGCUCCCCAGGGGAGUGUCCCACGCCUCGGGGAGGGGGGGCGCCGCCCUCCUGCCCCCCCCUCCCCACCACCACCCGAAGAAGGUCAUGUCGGUGAUGGGCUCUUCCAAGCGGGGGGCUUCCAGCCUGGGCAGCCCUCCGUUACCCUGCUUCACCCAGAUCUACACGCCGGCGGCUGUCAGCAGCGUCCCCACUUCCCAGGGAGGGGGUCUCUAUGCCACCCCCCAGGGCCCCCAACUCAGGACCCUCCGCUCGGCCUCGGUGGGACGGCUGCCGGCCAAGAGGAAACUGGACCUGGAAGGCCCCGAAUUUCGCACACCCAAGGGGAAGGGCAGGACGCUGGCGCAGGUCCCCAGCCCCAGGACCCCCAAGUCUCCUGGGGAGAAGACUCGCUACGACACCUCGCUGGGGCUGCUCACCAAAAAAUUCAUCCGUUUGCUGAAUGAGUCACCCGACGGCGUCGUGGAUCUCAACCGGGCGGCCGAGGUGCUGGAGGUGCAGAAACGUCGCAUCUACGACAUCACCAACGUGCUGGAGGGCAUCCAGCUCAUCCGCAAGAAGUCCAAGAACAACAUCCAGUGGAUGGGGACGGGGAUCUUUGAGGACGCGACGGUGACGGCGAAGCAGCAGGCGCUGCGGGGAGAGCUGGCCGAACUGGCCAGGACGGAGAGGACGCUGGACCAGCUCCUGCAGGACUGUGCCCAGCAGCUCCGGCAGCUGGCCGACGACAAAGCCAACCAGAGGCUGGCUUACGUCACCUACCAGGACCUCCGCGCCAUCAGCGACUUCCAGGAGCAGACGGUGAUCGCCGUGAAGGCUCCCCCGGAGACGCAACUGGAGGUGCCCGACUUCAGCGAGGACAACCUCCAGCUCCACUUGAAGAGCACCAACGGCCCCAUCGAGGUGUACCUCUGCCCGGAGGAGAUCACGGAGGAGAGCCCCACCAAGGACCAUGGUGUCCCCUCUGCUGCCACCUCCCCACAGGACCACGCCAUAUCCCCUUCCCCGCCAAGCAGCCCUGGGCCAGCCCCACAACCUCCCCACGCCAUCCCUCAGAGCUGGGGGGGCAUGGGAACCCCCUCCUCACCCUCAUCUCUGCCUCUCACUGUCCCGGGGGGGCCCAGCUCGCUACUGGAGAUGGAGGCCGGGCUCCUGGGCUCACCCCCACACCUCCUGCAGCAGACGGAGGACCAGUUGCCCUGCACCCCCUCCCACCUGGACUCGGGACCCUUCGUCACCUUCUCACCCCCCCUGGAACAGGACGACUAUCUCUGGGGGCUGGAGGGUGAGGGCGUCAGUGACCUCUUUGAAGCGUACGACCUGGGGGACCUGCUGAAGCCCUGAGCCCCCCAAUCCCCGUUGUCUUUGUCCCCUCUGGUCACUUGUGUCAUGAGCGCGUGGGGUCUCUGCGGGGUGGCUGGAGAGUGUGGGAUGGGUCAGGGAGUGCUGGGUUUUCUGAGGGGGGGGGGUGGUGGUGGGCUUCUGUUGGCCGCCCUGGGUGGCUUCUCCUUGCUGACCUGGGUUGGUUGUCACCUGGGGGUUGUGUUUGUCACCUCAUUGGGCUCCAGGAGUGCCCUGGAGAGGUGGAAACCUCUGGGAACCAGGGGGUCCCAUCCCAGCACUGGCCAUAAAACUGUGGGGUGCCAGCACUGAUGCUCCCCACCAUAACCCCCCGCCACCUUGGGGGCUGCUGGUGGACUGGGGGUGCCUUUGGGUGCACAGGGUGGGUUAGGGGCACGCACUUGGGGGACAGAGAAACCCCUGCCCAGCAUGGGCCAUGCGGGGGGGGGGGGUGUCAUGUUUUGGAGCCACUCCAGUUGCUGCCCAGUUAGACUGGUUCUUUGGGGUCAUGAUAGGUUGUUUUGAGCAGUGUUUCCCCACGCUGCAGCUAGAAUAUCCUUAAAAAAAAAAAAAUAAUCAGGCAGCAAAUCUGAGGUCACCUUCAGGUGAAGAGAGGAUGAAGCUCAUGUGCAGGCACUGCACCUACAGCCUCCAAAAUCAGCAGCUCAGGCAAAUCCCUGGCCGGGACAUGGAGCUGUAUUUCCCUGGGGCGUGCAGCCCCUCUCCCCCAGUCCGUACCAGCUCCCUCCAGCCUCUUGGAGCUGUUGGUGCUGGGGGUAUUGAAACUGGAGUGUACUGGGAGGAAUGCUAUAUACUGGUGGCUGGAGCAUCACCUGCAGAGAGGGGCUUGGGAAGCAGCAUGGGACAAGCCCCCAGACACGGGGCUGGAUACGGCUUCUAAUUGUGCCAUGGCAAAAUAUAUGUAAUUAUUGCACUGUAUUUAUACAGGACCCCCCUUUCGGCACGGUGCUGGUGAGGGUCGGGUUGGUAUUUUGAUUUUUAAGCGAGUGUAUUUAAGUUGUCCUCCCUUGGGUUGGUUCUCCUGCGGUUUAGCUCGGAGGCGGUGUGGGUGAGUGUGUUUUGGCGUGGAAAAACUUGUGGCACUUGAUGUUUUCUGCCCGGAAGGGGAUGAAAUAAAAUAAAACUUUGGAGUUA